AUGCCUCGCCAUUCCUACUCCCAUUAUGCCGCCUCACCAACAGAGCCUUUGGUCGAUUUCAUUUCUCGUCAUCCUCUCUCAGGUUCUGAGGUUCAAAAAUUGUCUCUACUCUUGCGUGACAAGUUCAAAUGGCAGAAUGAUCCAAAAGAGUUCCAACUUGACGCCAUCCGGGCCCAACUUGAAGGCGCCAACAUGGUGAUUCAAGCCCCCACCGGUGCAGGAAAGACAGCAAUCGCUGCUGGACCUCACGUCUGGCUUGAUCACCGAGUGACGUUGAUGAUAUGCCCAUUGCUCACUUUAGAGAAUGAGAUGGUACGCACAUUCAAGUCCGACUACGGUCUCUCGGCAGUUGCAAUCAAUGGCGAAAAUAAAGCCUGCACUGAUCCCGCUGUUAUCCAGGCGAUCUUUGAUAUGCGACACCAGAUCGUACUCAUCUCACCCGAGAUGCUUCUGUCACAGACCUUCGUUGAUACUUUCCUACGCAAUCGCAGAUUUACUCGUAAUGUUGUGUCAAUCUUUGUCGAUGAAGCACACUGCACCGUCCACUGGGGCGCCGACUUUCGCAAAGAGUAUGGCACAUUGGGCAAGAUCCGUGCUUUCCUCCCUCGUGAUACUCCCGUUAUGGCUGUCUCUGCGACCAUCACUCCCCGCGUCAAGAGAGCGAUUCAAACAUCUCUGCUUUUUGGGCAGUCAUCCCGUCAAUCUCGCUGGAAGAACGAGGGCAACGAUCGCCCGAACAUAUCCAUUAUCGUGCGCGCUCUAGAAUACCCCCUGAGCAGUCUACUUGACAUCGAUUUCAUUGUCCCUGAUACCAUCACCUCCCCAUUAGACAUUCCCAUCACCCAGAUCUUUGCCGACGACGUAGAGCUUGGAUCCAGGGUUGUAGACCAUCUGAACGAGAGGCUUUGUCGUAUCCUCGGCGCCUCUUCGGACACACUUGCCGUGCUGGAUCUAGACAGUUACACACUCCUGGAGUGUGUUCGGCCAUUCAACGCGCAACUCUCUCAGGAAUACCGUACCGCAGCGAUGCCGGAGUUCCGGGAAGGCAACAUCCGAAUCCUUGUAUGCACCGAAGCUGCGGGAAUGGGUAGCAACAACCCAAAAGUCAUUCGCACAAUUCAACUCAAGAAACCAAAGAAGCUCUCCCAAGUAGCACAGAGGUUCGGCCGUGCUGUCCGGGGUGCCGGGCUUCGUGGAGUUGCCAUCAUGCUCGUCGAGCGGAAGUGGUACAACGUUGAUCUCGUCUCGGCUAACCCAAAGCCCAAGAAGGACCCGAAACUCACACAGAUCUACGCUCGCGAGCAUGGUGUAGAUCGAGGGAGCUCCACGAAGGAAGACACUGUUCCUGUGGGCUCGCAGCCAACACUGGAUCUUGACAGUGACGACGAGGGCCUUCUAGUUUUCAUCCAGAGUCUCACCUGUCGGCGCCAGAUCAUAGCGGAGAUCUUUGAUAGCACUGUUGACUCCGGCAAGCUGACGGUACCCUGCUGUGACAUAUGUGACCCAUCACUUCUAGAUCAAGCUCGUCCAUCGCCCCCUGUGAAAGCUGAAAAGCAGUCUCGCAUGCCGAAGAAAGGCACACCUGAUCGUGCGGCUCAGCGGAAACUCAUUGCAUGGCGCUCCGAGGUUCACCAACGUGAUACACCAACAUCCGUCUUGAGCCCGGCCGCGGUCCUCAACAGCAAAACUAUCGAGCAACUCGUGUCUCACGGGUGUCUACCCGCAGAAAAAGUGUCGCACAUGCUUCGAACUCAGUGGACCAACUGGGAUCUGUACGGGACUGAGCUGAUGGCGUUCUUGGAGAAGAUUUCACUU